AUGGAGAAAGACCCCAAAGUGGAUUAUCCCACUGUGGGGAAAGAUAUUGCCCUCGGCGAGACUCACGAUAUUGGCGCCAAUUUAUUCCUCGAGGCCGAACAGCUCUCCGCCGAAGAGCUGGAGACCGAAGGUGCCAAAGUUCUUCGCAUCCUGGACUGGAGGAUUAUGCCAAUUCUCUAUGUUACCUACGUUAUUCAAUUUCUUGACAAACUAUCACUCAACUAUGCCUCUGCCUAUUCCCUCAUCCCAGAUCUCGGACUCGAAGGCCAGAGAUAUUCGUGGGUCGCUGCAAUCUUCAACUUCGGCUAUCUAUUCUGGGCUCUACCGGCCAACCUAUUGAUCCAGCGACUGCCGAUCGCAAAGUAUAUGGGCGGCAUGCUUCUAAUCUGGAGCAUCCUCGUCGUCGCGCAUAUCGGCGCGAAAAACUAUGCCGGAAUCCUAGUAUUGAGAUUCCUACUGGGCAUGGCAGAAGCCGGUGUCAGCCCUUGUAUGAUGAAUCUGACUUCUAUGUUCUACAAGCGCUCGGAACAACCAUUGCGCAUGGCUAUCUGGCUCAGUGCCAAUGGAAUGGCCACGAUGGUCGGUGCCCUUUUAGGAUUUGGCCUGGGUCAUUCCCAUAAUACGACUCUGCACAGCUGGCAACUUAUUUUCCUUACUAUUGGACUGAUGAAUUUUGUCACUGGUUGUGUCUUCCUCUGGCUCAUGCCUGAUUCGCCCAGUUCGGCGCGCUUCCUUUCGCACCGUCAGCGCGUGAUAGCCGUGCAGCGUGUCGCGGAGAAUAUGAUUGGCGUGAAGACUAGAGAGAUCAAGCCUCGACAGGCUUUGGAGAAUCUGUAUGAUGUAAAAGUCCUCUGCUGUGCCGGAAUUGGUAUUGCGUGUGGUGUUAUCAACGGAGGAGUUUCGAACUUUGCUUCUGCUCUUAUUAAAGGCUUCGGGUUUAAUGGGAUUUAUGCUACAUUGCUCCAGCUGCCAACUGGUGCUUUUGAAGCUUUGAUAGUCCCGAUCUGCGGUAUUGUCGCUACAUACGUCAAGGACUCACGGUGUAUUGUCCUCGCAGUCGUGUCUCUUAUUCCCUUCGCUGGUCUGCUGGGUAUCCGGUUUACCGACCUCGACCACCGCUGGACUCUGGUCGGCUGCACCUGGCUACAGUACAUCGUUGGUGCUCCGGUUAUUGUGUGCUGGAACAUCCUUGCCACCAAUGUUGCUGGCCACACGAAGCGUGCAGUGGCUAAUGGUCUCUGGUUCACGGUCUAUGCCGCCGGAAAUGUCGCUGGUGCUAACAUCUUCUUCGCUCGCGAGGCUCCACGCUAUUAUUCAGCUCUUGCGGGGCUACUCAUCUGCUAUGCAGGUAUUAUUGUGCUAUCGGUUGUGGCGUAUGCGUUCAUGAGAUGGGAGAAUGCGCGAAGAGAUACGGUCGAUACGGCUACAUGUGAGGGUGAUGUUACGUCACAGGCUAUCUUGGAUGGAUUCAAAGAUAUGACGGAUAUGGAGUCGAGGCAUUUCCGGUAUGCGCUUUGA